GUCACGUGACAUCGUGCCUUAGUUUCAAGAUGGAGACUCUGGUGCGCUGGGCCACUUUCGCUACUUAGCAAACCUGCUUUUCUCUAAUAUUAUCUCACAAUGGCGAACCAGGACCUUCUAUUAACAACCAAAUCCUUCUACAAUUAAGAAUAUUCUCCGUCCAAAAGAGAGAACAGGAUUAUUAGUGUUUUCAAAAUAUUCUAAACAAGUUGGCUAAGGAGGAAAGGUGAGACGAAAACAAAAGUGCCAAUGAACAUCCAGUCGGCGUAAAACAGGAAGCAGCCAUGGCAUUAAGAGAGUUAAAAGUUUGUCUUUUGGGGGACACUGGCGUUGGCAAAUCAAGUAUUGUGUGGAGAUUUGUGGAAGACAGCUUUGACCCAAACAUCAACCCAACUAUUGGGGCAUCUUUUAUGACCAAGACCGUGCAAUACCAAAAUGAGCUGCACAAGUUCCUCAUUUGGGACACAGCAGGACAAGAGCGGUUUCGAGCUCUGGCACCAAUGUACUACAGAGGCUCUGCAGCGGCCAUCAUUGUUUAUGACAUCACAAAAGAGGAAUCCUUUCAAACGCUGAAGAACUGGGUAAAGGAACUGCGUCAACACGGCCCUCCCAAUAUUGUAGUGGCCAUCGCCGGUAACAAAUGUGAUCUGUCCGAUGCCAGGGAAGUCUUGGAAAAGGAUGCCAAGGACUACGCCGACUCCAUCCUUGCCAUAUUUGUUGAGACCAGUGCCAAGAAUGCUAUUAACAUCAACGAGGUGUUCAUUGAGAUAAGUAAGCGCAUCCCAGUCACAGACGCAGCUUCGGGAACAUCGGGAAAAGGUUUCAAACUGGGGCGGCAAGAGUCAGAGUCUCGCAGGAUAUGCUGCUGAUGGCCUGGGUGAUUAUUGGUGAAAUUUUCCUAUCUUCAUGCUUCCUUUAAACAACAGUCUACACAAGCAUGAGAAGCGACAAAACAUUGCUCACAAUAUGGAUUUUGGAAGCAACAGAUCAUGAAAGCCUAUGUUUGUUUUGGCUUAUGUCGCUGGUCUGUCAUCGCCCACUCAUAAGACAUUUAAGAGUAUUUUUGAUAGUGCUUAAGUUAUUGUUUUUAAAAAUCAAUCCUCAACUUUCUGCAAUUGGCAUUUAUGCUAUCUGUGCAAUCCUUUGUUUUGUUUUAUUGAUUCCUCAUGUUGGAAAUUACACAUUUCAACUGAGAUACAAGAACGGAUAAGAGAUGUGAGGCAAGCAGUGGCAUUUUAUCUGACAGUGUACUUCACAAAAAUUCUAGGUUAUUGAUCGGGCUUUCGAGUAAACAUAAAAUGCACUAUAACCUUUACAGGUGAAUUCAAUGUGACAAUCUUUAUCUAAGCUUUUACGUUUUAAUGUUCCACUGCUUUUUUUUUUUUUUGCACGACUUACUGUUUUCUAAGUAAGAUCAACAACAACAACAAAAAAAUCCACGUACUUGGAAUGUGACUCAACUUCCUUAGACGUGGAUUUUAUAGGUGUAGUAGAUCAUGGACACGUGGAUCAAACACCUUUUGUGAAAUUAGCUGCUCAUCAACUGCCUUGUUCAACUCCUAGGCUUUUAUUCUUUGCAUUGUUGCUAGUUAUUAACGGCUUAACAGCCUCAGUUUCAGCAUUCUUUAUCUUUUAAUGCGUGACCUACAUUGAAAAGAAAAAAAUAAUCAGCUCAAGACGCGAGGUGAAGCGCGUCAGAACAUUCAUUAACCCCUAGAUGAACCUCCGUCUCCAACUGCUUUCACUUAUCGGGCAUGCGUUGGUUAGUCUUCGCUACCCCCCAACCCCCACUCUCUUGCAAUUUUGGGCACUUACCAUCUCAGAAAUUGGUCAUUUAAAGCACAUUCACUGCCAUGGAUAGCUCUACAGGUCAGCAACUCUAAAAAAUAAAAACAGUUUGAUGUUACAGUAUUUUGUCUACUUUUACUUGAUAUGGACUUUUAAGUUGCCUUAUUGGAACCUUUUUAUUUUGUUAGAUUUUUAUAGAUAGACAUGCAUACAUAACAUGUUGGAUUGUAGAUGUAUUAUGGGUUGAAGUGAAUGGAGUUAACGUGAAAAUUGCAUAAAUGUGCUUCAGUGUUGAAAGACUGAUUGUGAAAAUAUGAUUGUGUUGCCUGCCGAAUUCUGUGGAAUGGGAUAUAUUCUAGUAAAUAAAACGCCAAUAGUCUUGGGCUGGCCCUGGGAAUUCCAUUGGCCAGCUUUAUGUACAGUGUAUUUUACGUCACAUGGCAUUACAUUGCACAAAAUACGACAACUAUAUUCUGUGUUAAACGAUGACAAUGUAACGUGUCUACAUUUUAGGUUAUAUCAACACUGUGGUAACCAUAUUCAUCAUUUUAGUAUGUUUCAUAUUGACUGCAAAUAAAUUCCUGUUAAAAAAAAAAAAAAACAUG